ACUCGUCCUGCCAGACUCCCAGGCCAAGCGGCGUCGCCAUACGGAACAUCCUGCCCUCAGCGGAGAGGGGGAGGAGAGAGAGAGAGAGAGAGAGAGAGAGAGAGAGAGAGAGAGAGAGAGAGAGAGAGAGAGAGAGAUUGUACAGAGCAAGAGGGAUAGAGCGAGGCUGUGUGUGUAUUCAGUGAGAAAAAGAGAGAGGGAGAUACGAGGUCUGGCGUCUCCCUGUAGUAAAUCUUUCAGGUCUGGAGCUCGAGAACUCGGAGAAACAACCAGAGCAGAAGAGACCUCUCGGUAAUCUGAUUGUAAAGCUCACUGGUGACCUGGACCAGAAGCGUCUGAAGCCUUGGAUUAACAAGCCCGACUAGAAGGACGGAUGGUUGCGCGGACGGGCGGCGCGCUGUGAAGUUGGACAGACUACCGAGGCACCGACAGCAAGCAGCAGCGGCAGCUUUUGUUCCCCCCCACCACCACCACCACCACCUCCUCCCCGAACCCCGUGAAGGCAGCGGCGGCACCGGGAGGCUGCUCACGCGCAAUCCCGACCAUGAAGCUGCCUUGGCUCCUGGCGCUCACGGCGCUGCUCGCACAUACCGCCACGGGACAGACUUGGUCACCGCCAGAAGACGACGAUGGCUCGACGGGAGAUGAUUUCUACGACGACGAGGACCUCUACUCAGGCUCCGGCUCUGGCUUUCCUGAUAUCAGCAUUAGGCCGACGUCAGCAGGUGUGUCCUUCACCACUGAGGAGCCUCUCCUCCUCUCCACCACGCAGGCCACAAGCCCCGCCCCUUCCGCAUCACCUGCGGCUGAGCCGAGCCCAGACCCCGAGGAACCCACAGCCACCCCUAUGCCCACUGAGGCAGACGGGGAGAGCGGUGUGUUCUGGGAAAGAGAGAGGGAGAUGGAGAAGGAGAGAGAGAGGGAAGUAGAGAGGGAGCGAGAGAAAGAGCAGGAGAGGGAUAGACAGCAGGAGAGGGAGAGAGAGAGGGAAAGAGAGAGGGAGCGGGUUCGUGAGAUGGAGAGAGAGAGGGAGAGGGAGCGAGAAAGAGAAAGAGAGAGGGAACGUGAGAGAGAGAGAGAAAGAGAGAGAGAGAGGCAGAGAGAAAGAGAGCUUGAAAGAGAGAAAGAGCUGGAAAGAAUCAGGGCUGCUGCUGCUCAGACCACCGCUGCCCCACGAUCUCCUGCUGCCAUUCCUGUGGUGACCACCAACCCGGCCAUCAGCCCCUCUGAAAGCGCAGCGCCCUCUGCAGGUUCGGAUGACCUGAGCACCACAGAAGAAGAUGAGGAUGUUUACCUGUCACCUGAGCCCACAUCGUUCUUCCCUGGCUUCAACAUGGAAACCACCACAGAGGAAGACAUGUCCACCACACCAGAUACCACACCUGAGCCCACCACUGCUGCACCCACGGCCACUGUCAAGACCAGGGUCCCCUUCAGGCCAAGAGUUCCAACGACAACAGCCACUCAGGCAGCGCCAACGGAGAGAACAACUCGCCCACAACAGCCCACUACAACACAGGAGGCCAUAAACGAGGUGGGUGCUGCAGGACCAAGUGGAGAUUUUGAGAUCCGUGAUGAUCGGCGUAAUGACCUGGGUCGAGGUAUAGUGCCGGUGGAUCCUGAUCUGAUGGGCAACACUGUGGAUGGAGGAAGCUCUGCCGCCCAGCUGCCACAGAAGAACAUCCUGGAAAGAAAAGAGGUCUUGAUAGCUGUGAUUGUCGGAGGAGUCGUGGGCGCCUUGUUUGCCGCCUUCCUGGUGAUGUUGCUGGUGUACAGGAUGAAGAAGAAGGAUGAGGGCAGCUACACACUGGAGGAACCCAAACAGGCCACUGUCACCUACCAGAAACCAGACAAGCAGGAGGAGUUUUACGCAUAACACUCGUACCCCAGAGAGAUGCACCGCACAACGAGGGAGAGAUACAGAGCGAGAGAGAGAAGAGAGAAAGAUACUCUAUAAGCCCCCUCCCUACUCCUCUUUCUUCUCCUCUUCUUCUUCUUCGUCGCCUCCUCCUCAUCUGCUUGCCUCUCCUCGUCCCUCUCUCCUCUCGUCUCCAAAACACUUGAGAGCGCCUUUCUCUCUGCGGACUCAGAACUUUCUUUUCAAUGAAAUCCAAAAAAGGGGACAAAAAAAGCAAAAAAAAAAAGCAAAUAUAUUCUGAAAAAAAUAACACAUACACACAAGAUGUUUUUAAAGUAAAUGUUGUUAUUAAUAUUCUACAGAUUCUCUUGUUCUGUAUGUAAUAAUAUGAUUAUUUUGUAAGAAAAGAACAAACAAAACAAAACAUGAGCUCUUAAGAUGUGUUUUCCAGCACAAAAAGUUCCUCCUCUGUUUUAUGGAGCAAAUGAAAAGGCAGAGAGAGGAGAGGGGCAGAGCGAGCUGAGCGAGACACAAAAGAAAAAAGAAAGGAGGGGGUGAGCUCGACUCUGCCCCUCAUCCCCCCUAAAAUACACACAAAGCGUCUGGUUGGCCGCACCGAGCCAAAAGGGUCAAAAGGUGAGAGGAAAGGUCUCUUUUGUGCCUUCCAUCGCUCUGGUGCUUAGACGCAUACACAGAUCCAUACAGCCACAUAAACACAUGUGCACACACAUAUGCACGCGCACACACACACACACACACACACACACACACACACACACACACACACAAGGCUUGUAUCUGCUUGAAGGUGGCUCCGACCUCUCUCUCUGUGCUUUGCCAACCAGAAAACGCUGAUCAACCUUGGUGUGUUUCACAAUGUUGAGGAGCCGCUGUGGAAACAUCGGCUGGUCGCAAAGAGGCUUGCACGUGCUUACAACAAGCCGGCAGCCCGUCUGCUCCUCUAUGCUGUACAAAGACUAGUUACGGAUAGUAAUAAUAACCAAUAAUAUAUCAAUGUUUUGGGCUGGAUGGUGAUUAUAAUAAUAAUAAUAAUUAUGCCAUUAUAAUAAUAAUGAUGAUAAUAAUACUUAAACAGGAGGAUAUGUAUUUAGCAGUUUAAAAAAAGUUUAUAUGUAAAUAUCUGCGUAUCCUUUCUGGCAUCACUAACCAUCUGCAUGAUCAUGAAGAGUUUUUAUUCGUCACAUCCUUCAUCACUUAAGAGCUGUGCUCUCGUCCGCCACAUGCACACACACAAACAUGCCGGACAAACGUCUACAGACACACACACACACACACACACACACACACACACACACACACACACACACACACACACACACACACACACAAGUGCAGACAUAACUUUCUGUGCAUUGAGAAAACAACACAGACCAAAACAUACUGUAAAUCAUAUCAUUCAAACACAUAUCAAACCCAUUGCCAUCAUUCAUUUGUCAUUGUGAUAGUCAUCACUUGUGAUACGAGCAGGAUCAGUUGGUUUCAAUAUGUUAUUGAUUAGUUAUGGGUCAGUUGCAGGUUGGUUCAGAGUUUCGUCUGUUUGUGUAAAAGCACAACUUCGUGUCCAGUCAUCACGUCAUCUGAUACCCCCCACACCCACCCCCCAUGCACCUUUUGCAUGCCUCACUUUCUUUUUCGUCUACCACUGGCUCUCUGUUCAGGGAUGGGAGGGGUCUCUGGGAAGCGAGAGGGACUUAAAUGAAAAACAAGAAAGUGUAAAAAUGCACAGAAAGUUCCUCCCACAUGCGCUAAUUCCUCCAGCGUCAAAACUUUUGUCAUUAAAGUUUAGGUAAAAUGUUGAAUUAGCGUUAUUGGGUUCAGCUUUAUCCUGAUACCUUUUUGGGGAGGGGAAAAUGGCGGGAGGGAAAGGGGUUAGGAUUUGGCUUGGGAAGAGGAAUUCCCCAUUAUUACAUGGCAACUCAUUUCCUCUGAAGUCAUGCUCAUAUGCUGCAAUGAUGUCUUUAAAGUUUUAAAGUCCUUACAAUUUAAAAGCAGUUACCAUUCUUCACCUCUGAAUGAAUGAGUGUCUAAUCAGGCAAUAUACAGUGGAAAUCUGAAGGGAUUUCAGAUGAUAUUUCAUGUUAAAGCAUAAUUGGUUACUUAUUAGCAGUCAUUAGAAAACAGCUAAUGCUAGUAUUCAACCGUGUCCUAGCUAACGUACUUUCCCCUUAAGCUAACGGUACCUUAGGAAUUUCCGUCUUUCCUAUAGUAUUAUGUUAUUUUUUAACAAAUAGUAAUAUUAGCUCAUAGUCACUUCCUAGCUAAUGUUUACAUAUAUAGUAAGUGACUGUAUGCUAACAUUAGCUUCUGUUGCUCCACAGCUGACUGGUUAUCAGGCACGUUGUUUUAACUUGAAAUACUAGCUGACAUCACUUCACAUUUUUAUGACCGAUUGUCUUUUCAGGUGCUAACAAUCAAGGAGCAUUGAUAUAAUGAUCUGUACCUCAAUUUAUGUGACAUUAUGACAACAUUUGGGACUCCAGCCUUGAGCUUGACAUCAGCAGAAAAUGGCCGCCAUGUGAAUGUGGUCUAUGAGUGGAGGCAGGAGGGCUGUGCUUCUAUCUAAGAGAUUGUAACAAUAACCACACCAGUGCGACUGGGCUAGUAGCUUCUAUUAUACUCAGUACUGUAGAACAAAAUGCAUGGGAGUCAAUACUAUACUAGUCUGGGUGUGUGUGUGUGUGUGUGUGUGUGUGUGUGUGUGUGUGUGUGUGUGUGUGCUUGAAAGACAAAAGGGGUGAGUUAAAGUAGGAAUGUACUGUGGUUGAGUGUGUGUUUAUCUACUCCAGCAGUCUCACGCUCUUCCACAGACAGGUAACACACCUCCUCCACUCAUGUGUGUGUACGUCACCUACCCCCUCGCCAGUGUGAGAACAUGUGUGUGUCUGCACCUCAUCUGAACCCACCACCUGUAUGUGUGUGUAUGCAUGUGUGUAUGUGUGUGUGCUUCACCUUGGUAUUUCACAGCAGACUCUUGUGUACACUGACUAGCCUGUCGACGUGUGUGUGUGUGUGUGUGCGUGUGCGUGUGUCUGCGCUUGUUUAGUCCGUUCACUGCUGAUUGAGGGGCAGCUGGUCCCUCACAGUGGAUUUCACACACACUGACUGUCUUUUCACUGUCUGUCUCUCUGCCCCAGGACAGACGGACAGACAACACGCCACUUUCUCACAGGCAGGAAUGAUCUUGACACGUACUGUCUUUUCUAAAGUGACUGUCAAAGUGUAAACAUGUGCGUUUGUACCCAUCUUAAGCCUGCGUAGCCAAAUAAGAUGUGUGCGUGUGUGUGGGUGUGUGUGUGAGCAUGUAUGAAAGAGAGUCAGUUUGGAUUUGUACGUGUGUGAGUGCAGGUGUGCAUGCAUGCGUGUGUGUGUGUGUGUGUGUGUGUGUGUGUGUGUGUGUGAAGCCCGAUGGAGGCGACACUUCUCUAUGUUUGCUGUUCCCAUUCCUGUUUUUAUACAUUUGCAUUUUUUUAAGGCUGAGUUUCUGUCAUUGGCUGAGUGAGCGAGAGGAGGCGGAUCCUCCACGCCACCGCCCUGUCACUAAUCUGCCACUCUGUUCCAAAUAAAAAUCCUGAUUGGGUAAA